GAUCGGGUGGAAACCAGAAAUAACCAAUUUACUGUUUUCCCCGAUUACGCAAUUCGAACCACACGUCUAACGCUGCUUUUCGUUUUUCUCCUGCUUUCUUCCUGCUUUUCUUUUUUUUUGUUGAACGGGAGAACUACUAGCCUAUCGAGUAGUGAGGGCAGUUGCAACAGAAAAAGACACCUUUCCAUAGUCGCCCUCUAGUCUGAACCAUAGUCCAAGGAGUUUUAAAACAUGGUGUUCUGAUGGCCCACAUGAACUUCACACGGUAGAGCCAUCGUAAUUUAUAGCGGGGCUACGCUUGGCCAGACAGAUUGCAAGCCCAACCUCGAGCUCCCAAGGUUUUCGUUCGUGCGAACUAUUUGUCAAUGAAUAGCUGGCUUCGAUAAUAUUUCUAUUUCGCUUAGAUGUUCGCAAGAACAUGUGGUUUAAGGCAUGUCCUUACCACGUCCUUGCUAACCGCUUUAGCGCGAGAACAUGCUUUCCACAUACGAGCCGUAUAAAGAUCACGACUAUUCUACGAACAUGUCAGAAUACAUUAUAAUCUGCAGAUGUGAGGUCACUCGGCACUGCCAAGUGCUCUUCAUGUCAUAAGCAUUUUUAUACGAUCGCGCUCAGAAUCUGCUUGGAAGGCGCCAACGCUAGCUCCGCGAAAGUAGGGGCUGGCAACGCAGUCUAUGACCAUUACGCCGCAUCGCUUAGUUCUCUGAGAGGCCAGCAAUAAAUAAAUAUAUUGAAAGGACGCAAGUAAUCAAGCAAACUAGAUCAACGAAACCACCAAGCCAGCCAUACCCAAUGAAAAACAAACAAGCGAGUGCGUAUCACAGCUCUUCUCUUCUGAAAACUAGCCCUUGGCUUCUUCCCGGACAGACUUACCACUACGCGACUAGCACCCACAGCCAAGGUUACACACAUCUUAUUGUUCAGCUUCCAAGCGCGCAGGCGUAGCAGACACACUAGGCGUACGAGGCACAUCAAAACUAAGAACAAUUCGAAGGCAAAUGCGAAAGGUCAUUCUUACACGGCACGGAAACGCCCGAAGUACAGAGCAAAUCAUCGGUUCGCUUAAUGCGCAUCCACGCGUGAACGUAGUUUGAGCUUGAGACCGUGGUUAAAAAUAGAAAACGAAACCAGACCCGACGCCAAGCGAUGCAGACGUCAUCGUCAGCAGACUUUCAUCCGGGGCCUGACACGUUCCGAUGCGUUCCGCGACGAACGGUCGUCAAUCCGGCGGGUUCGGAAGUAGACGCUGUUAGCGAAACUGUGCAAUAGGUGAGCGUUUUGUCGGGAACGCUCUCGGCGCUGUCGUGCCCGCUGUCCGUGAACUUGAUUGACUGCACGCACGAUAAUCUCAUGGCUGCUUUUAACAUCGACUACACUCCUGCGAGCAUCGUCACGAUGCAAAGCCGGGCCGCGCCGCCGUACGACGGAAACCCGAUCGAAAUGCGCAGGCACUACUUCCACGGCACACUCGUCGACGUUCCGGUCCUUCUUGGUGGCACGCCACAGCUAUUUGUUCGCAUCCCCUGCGGACUGAUGAUGACCAGCUUGCCCAGCGGAGGUAUGGACGGCAGGCCCCGGUGUCGGUUUGUCGUGCACUCCGUCCCUUGUUACCGCCCCGCGCUAGCUGGCUCCGGACCGUUUCCAGCGGUUGCCGUGCCCGCCUACGGAGAGAUGGCACUGGCCGAGCCCGCCCCGAUUCAGGUUCCGAUGCUUGCUCAGGUGUCGCCGGCCAUCCCGGUUCAACGCCUGGGUGUGUCCGAUGCCGCCGCCAUGCCCGUACUACUGACACCAGUUUCAGCUGACGCCGACGCAGUGCCGCAAACGCCGGCCCUGAUGGGGACGCCAGCUGCUCGGUCGAUGAAGAAGCCGUCGGAGUGGACGGUGAACGAGGUCGCGGAGUUUAUAAGGCAAAUUCCGGGAUGCGCCCGCUACGUCCGAGCGUUCCGGGCGCACCAGAUCGACGGCGGCGCUUUGCUGCUCCUGUGCGAGCACCACCUUAUCUCGGUGAUGAACAUCAGCGUUGGCGCGGCCGUCAAGAUCCGUUCGGCGAUAAGGUGGCUGCGCCGUAAGGAGAAUGAAGGACCAGUGGGUCCACAGUGAACCAUUUGCCUCCCCCGUGUGAUGCUGAGUGCGUCGAGCAUCGCUUUCUCUGACAGUGAAUCCGGUUGUUGUUAAUUCACAUUUUGUGGCCAAGUCGCGCAUAGACGCUAAUCACGAUUGGCGCUACGUUGCAGCCUACCACGUGACGUCAUUAAUGUUCAGCGUUGCAGUGCGUUACUGUAAAAUGCUUUUAUUUCGCGAAAUAAAUUAUUUUGUGGGUCGUGUUUC